CAGGCCAGUUUCGCGACGCCACCGCUGCCGCGGCAGCCGCGGUGCAUGCCGGUACUUGUAGUCGUCCGGGCGCACCAGCCAGCCGAAGUGCCUGAGCGUUCCCUUUUCGAUAGAUUUUUCGGUCGUGUGGAGCCGUCUUACGAUGGGAGGAUUUACGUGCUGUGUUCCUGGAUGCUACAACAACAGCACAAGGGAUAAAGGCUUGGGUUUCUACGUCUUUCCUAAAGAGCAAAAGCUUCGGGAGACGUGGAUUCAGCGUAUCAACAGGGCUGGACGGGGCGGCAGGUUCUCCAAGUUUACGCCUACCACGGGACACCGAGUAUGCGGUGCCCACUUCGAAGGAGGAAAAAAGACUUACAUGAACAGAGUGCCCACAAUCUUCCCGCUGAGACCGCAAAAGGUGGAAAGGAGGCGACCACUCAUAAGGACACAGCCGGAACUUCCCAACAGUCCAACUGUGGCACCCCAGCACGACCCAGAAGUCUCAGGCUCUGCCAUCACUAGUAGCAGCAGCGACAGUGAAGACACCGCACAGCAAAGCACUCUACUCAUGGACCAUGCCUACAGCAGCCAAGAGUCAAGCUAUGACCAGCUUGCCAAGAAAGUUGCUUGCCAAAAUAAUAUAAUAACUGAGCUAGCAGAAAAGGCUGAAGCUGCUUACGCGCAUGUUGAAGAGCUCAACCGCCAGCUAAAACGCUCUCAACAGGACCACGCUGAAGCAAAAAAGCUAUGUGACCGCCUUCAGCAGAAGAAUAGGUGCUUGCGGCUUGAGCUAUCCUGUAUGCAGAAGAAAGUCAAGAGGUGCAAGGCUGAAGCUACACAAAAGAUUGACAUCACGUAUGAAGCCCUUGUAGAAGAUGAAAAGAAGCUGCGGUACUACACUGGCUUUACAUCCAGAAAGUCCUUCGACAGUUUUUGGUCCCUACUUGAACCAGAUGCGAAAAAGCUGCGGUUCUGGCAGAUGAAGGAAACGGAGAACGAGGACCGGAACUUCAUCCUGCCUUUGAAGACACAGCUUGUGCUCGUCCUGAUGAGGCUACGGCUGGGCCUUGACGGCCUUGACCUUGCGUACAGGUUUGGCGUUUCUACGUCAACCGUUUCGAGGAUCUGGGUAACAUGGCUGGAUUUUUUGGACAACAGGCUUCGCCAGGUCCCAACUUGGAUGCCUCCCCACCUGUGCGACAAGUACAGGCCACAAGCUUUCACUGACAAGGGCUACACCACUGUUGACGGCAUCCUCGACUGCACCGAAAUUUUCAUCGAAACCCCCUCGUCAUUCCGUGUACAGAGUGAGACCUAUUCCUCGUACAAAAAGCACAAUACUGCAAAAGGGUUAGUUGUGUGCAGCCCGAACGGCUUUGUUAUGUUCGUGUCCGAUCUUUCUCCUGGGAGGCUGUCUGACAAGGCCCUAACAAAGGCUUCCGGUGUGUUGGAAAAGUUCUCACCAGGGCGAAGUUUGAUGGCUGAUAGGGGGUUCACCAUCGAAGAAGAGUGCAAGGAACUUUCACUGCACUUGAACAUUCCGCCAUUCAUGGAAGGACGGCCUCAACUGUCUGAAGCAGAUGAAACUGAGACAAGGCUUAUUGCCAGUGUGCGCAUACAUGUGGAAAGGGUCAUUCGGAGGAUAAAGACCUACAGAAUACUCUCACAGGUGUUUCCAAACAGCAUGUCUGGACAACUGAACAAGGUGUGGCAUGUUUGCGCACGCUUGACAAACUUUGUGGGUGAGCCAUUGCUGUGAGCAGAUGUGAGUGAAGUCUGCAUGUCUGCUGAUAGGCUGCGCCAGUUCGCUUGCACUACAUUUGACUACUUUUUUGGCCAUGCAACACAGCCAGAAAUGGGAAGGAUAUAGGCCAUUGUGCCUGUUCUAGGAACUGCUCACCGUCUCUCCAAGCUUUUUUAUUCACCUUAGCCCAAAACAAGGAACAACCCAAUCCCUUCAGGAGGGCACGUACGAAGAGCCGUAUCCUUCCCGUGCACAUUCAAGCAUCAUAAGAAAUGUCCCUGCCUAGGUUUUGUAUUCAGUUUAUUUGCUUUGUUUACUUGGUCAUUCCCUUAUUCUCUAAAUUUCUUGAGAACUACGUUUACUUGCACGAAAAGAUGUGUUGUCUGCAUUGACCCCCCUUUUCUUUUUUGUUGUCAUAACACAUUGCUACCUGUACUGUCAUGAACGUGCAUUAUGCAAUAGCCAUACUCUCUUCAUCUCUGUCACCAUUUCAAACAGCGGCACGUUUUGAUGCUUUCCAUUAAAAUCGAAGUGAACCCA